UCGUUCCCAAACAUUCCAUGACAGUUUGUUUAUCGUAACAACCGACAAUCAAUAGGUAGUUUUUUUGCUUGUUGUCUGUCACAAAAGGUUUUCUCUCAAGUUGAGUUGCAACAAUGGAUAGGCAUCCCAAGCGAAGAGCUCAAAUGACAUUCAAGACAAGUGAACAAAGUAAAAACAAAGAUGACAGUAAGAAAAAUACCAACGAAAGCGAGGGCCCUGCAUCUUCAACAGAGAAGCAUCGAGGUGAUGGAGAACAGAAGAGACCGGUGGGUAGGCCUAAAGGUAGUGGAAGUUCUGGAAAUAGUGAAGCUGUUCAGGUUAGGCCUAAAGUUAUUUUCAAAGCUGAUAAAUGUGGUGGUGAUGGGUAUCUAAUGGCCACAAGUUCAACACACCUCAAGGAAGCCAUUCAAGGUCGACCAGUUACAUUUGAAAAGGAGAGAGCACCAUCAUCAGUCAAUAAACAGAGUAAAGCCACAUCUGAUCAUCCCAUGAACUCUCAAGUGCAGGUCAUCAAGGAGGAGAUCAUCACACCUGCUCCAGGUCAGGCCAAUGUCAAGGUAAAAGUUGUCCAAGAACCAACAACGCAUCGUCAAGGAUGUCCACCUGCGGCUCCCACUAUAGACUUCUCCAAACCGAUCCAUGUUGUCCACGAAAAAACCUUGACAGUAUUGGAUGGUAAAGCCAUAACGCUCAGCAAAGUUCCAUACCCACCACCUGUUCAUGUGAAUGUUCAGCCACUUCCAGUAAAGAAGGUGAACACUAGAGGGACGAAUCUCACCAUGCCACCAUCAGAAGCAGAAAAUCUGGAAGUAACACGGAGUGUAGACAGAAAUGGCUAUAUCAAAAGGCCUAUGAAUGCGUUCAUGGUCUGGGCGAGAAUCCACAGACCUGCCCUGUCCAAGGCCAACCCAACAGCCAACAACGCAGACGUCAGUGUGCAGCUAGGAGCAGAGUGGAGCAAGCUCACUGAGGAAGAGAAGAGGCCCUACUAUGAGGAAGCACGUCAACUCAAAGACAAGCACAGACAUGAGUUCCCUGGUUGGAUCUAUCAGCCCAGACCUGGAAAAAUAAAGGGCUACCCUUCUGUGAUGUCCUUCGCCCCUCAACCAUCCUGCAGCUCUGCAGGGACAAGUGUUCCUGGGGCUGAGUCUUGUCCCAUGACCAUGGCCAUGGCCACCACUACCACCAGCUCCUCUGUUGCAAACACACGGGCCACAGGCUCUAAUGACCAUGGUGUCCAGGGUGCUACAGUGGCAGCUCCAAAUGCCUCUCAGAGUACCAGCCCAGUCUCCAUAUUCUUCCAGACUACUGCCUGCCCACAUCCCCACCCAACAGCCACUACCUCUGGUGCUAAGCCUGCAGAACGCAAGCGUGAAGCCAGACACUGUGGCAGCAACCUUGAAGAAGCUCCCAAACCCAGGAAAAUCAGCAGUCAACAGGCGUACUACAAUUCUGCCAGUGAGAUUCCCUCUACAAUCAUGCCAUCCAGCUCCAGAGGUCUCCAAAUACCACUCUCUAACCUGGCUUACCCACACAUGUAUCCUCCAUCUCCCAUGCAACACCCGGUGGGCCUCUUCCCCACCCCUUGCUUCCCCUUUGCUCCGCCCUUCUUCAUGCCUGGACCCCAGUUUUAUCCAACAGGAUCAUACCCUUACCCACAUGGCCCAUACUCCUACCCAGUUCUCCAACCCCAGGAGUUCUCAAACCCCAUGGCUACUCCUAUGUCUACUCCGGGCUACCCCUAUGAUGACAACUACGAUCAGCAUGAGUCCACGUUCUCCCUUCUCAACAGAGACUACCCGUUUCGGCAGAGAGGGGAGGGCGGGCAGAGAUGUCAAGGUCAAGGGCAGGCCCCCACUACCUCUGAGCUCCUGGGUUCGGUCCCACCACUGGAUGUGCGUGCCCUGGAGAAUGUCUUCACCAACUCUGCGCCAGAGAACCCUGCCAGUGUCCAAGAGGUCCAAGUCACCAAUGAGGAGGACGGGGAAGAGGUGCGCGUGAUGAGAAUUCUCUAGCAUCAAACCAAAGUGACAUCCUUUAGUAAAAUCCCUGAUAGAGUAUAUUUGUUGUCAGUGUAUAUAAAGUCCCAAAAAGUAUCUACAAAUAAAUUAAUAGUUACUGUUAUUCUGAAGUAAUUUAUUUUUUAAAGAUAAAUACUGUUUUAUGAGAUCGACCUCUGCUCUGUACAAAAUGACAUUUUGCAGUAUUUUAAAGUGUUUGAAAGGAAGUCUAUUUAUUUAUGCCUUUUUUUCUUCAAAUACCUGGUUUGUAAGGAGAAAGGGGUGCUUUGCUGGUUUUAUGCAGACUGAGAGUCCAGGCAUAGACAGGUACUACUGGCCUAUUCAGAGUACUGUGCUCUUCAUAUAGAAAUCCAAUAAAAAUGCCAAUGCACCAAUAAUA